AUGUCUUCAGUUAUAGCAUCCAAUAUCCCCACUCAAGUCACACCCGCCAAGGUUCGCGAAUUCUUUUCAUUUUGUGGAAAGAUUACUGAUUUGGUAGAGUUGGAAAAUGAUGGCAAAGUUAAAAAGUAUGAAGUGAUUUUCCAAUCGCCCAAGGCAGUGUCAACUGCAUUAUUAUUGAAUGAUGCUGAGUUGGAUAACACAUUUAUCAGAGUUGAUGAGGUUAAGGAGAUUACCGAUGGUGGCAAUGCAUCAGCCACUACUGGAGGUGCUGCUACUGGAGGUGAUACCACCACUACUGGAGGUACCUCCACCACUACAGGAGGUUCUUCGGGAGACGCAAUUCUUACAGGCGACAAGACAUAUGACGAUGUGGACCAAGAAGAUAAACCCAAAUAUGCCAUUCUUGCCCAAUUGUUAGCUGAUGGAUAUGUUGUCAGUGAUUCUAUAAUUGAGCGUGGUGCUGAAUUUGACAAGAAGAAUGGAAUCUCUGAAAAGUUUAACAACUUUAUUAAGGGAUUGGAUGAAAAGUAUGUCCAUUCUGCUGAUCCAAAUAGUGCUGUAAACCAACAGAUUGAAAAGGCUACAGACAGCUAUAACAAGUCGAGUUUGAAAAAAUACUUUGAUGACGCUGCUGACUCUGCUUUGGGAAGAAGAAUUGUGCAGUACUAUAAGAAUUUUUCUAAUGAUGUUAAGGAUGUCCAUGCCGAAGCUGUGAGAUUGGCCAAGAUUAAGAAGGAAAAAGAGGCUAGUGGUGCAGGUGCAACAAGUGAAUCUGCCACUGGCACUGCCACCACUGACACUGACACCACACCUACUGUAAAGGCUUAG